AUGUCGCUAACUGCUGAUCCACCGUCGGCCACUGUUCCAGCGGGUGGUGGAACAUUGACUCACAAUCUUGUUAACUCGGGCACUGAAAAGAUGAUUUUUAAAGUGAAGAGCUCAAACAAUACGGAGUAUCGUGUGAAGCCGGUGUACGGAUUCGUCGAUCCUGGAGCAUCAACUCCUCUUGAAAUUACACGAUUGUCAGGACCGCCGAAAGAUGACAAGAUGGUAGUGCAGUUCGCACCGGCUCCUGCAGAUGCCACCGACGCAACAGCUGCGUUUGCAUCAGUGACACCAAGCGGCAACGUAACGAUACCACUUUCUGCCACAUAA